AUGGUGUACGACUACUACGCCUCUGGCGCAGAGUAUCAGUGGACGCUCAUGGAGAACUGGGAGGCUUUCUCCAGAAUCCUAUUAGCUACUUUCUCGCCAACUUCAUGGGCUACUUCUAGCGUUGACGAGGUUGAUUCUGUGGGAUCGGAUAUAUCUUUCUUCCAACUUUAUGUUUACAAGGACAAUAAUAUAGUGCGGCAACUUGUGAAAAAGGUUGAAGUGGCUGGGUUUAAGGAGAUCACGCUCACUAUCGACACUUUGAGGCUUGGUCAGAGGAAAGCUGAUAUCAAGAAUAGGUUCGCCUUGCCUCCACAUCAGGUUUUGAAUAAUUUUGAGGGCCUGGAUCUUGGCAUUAUGGACAAGAUCUAUGAUUUUGGGCUUGCUUCUUACAUUGAUGGCCGAGUGCGUAAGAAAAAAGAGAGGCAGGAGGAAGGCAAGAAGAGGAUUAGGAGGCGGCUAACUGAUGUACUGUGCCAAGGCCAGGGCGGUGGCACACGAUGGGUUGUCUAG